ACCUAGAAGCUUGUUUUUAGUCCAUAAAGAGACUUCCUUAGCUUCCAUACUCGAUGCUCUUGGUCUUUCUUCACAUAACCCUCGGGUUGCUGCAUAUAGAUGUCUUCAUCCAAAAGGUCUCAUCAUAAUCGAUUCCCUCUUUCUGAGUGAAACCCUUCGCAACCAGCCGUGCUUUGAAGGAAAUAACCUUCCUGUCAGAUCCUCUCUUACGCCUAUAGACCCAUUUGCACCCAAUGGCUUUCUUGCCUUCAGGAAGGUCCCUAAGGUCGUAGACAUCCAUAGCAUCUAUAGAUUCAAUCUCAGAAUCCAUAGAUUUCUGCCAAGAUUCUGCAUCUACGUCUUGGAUUGCCUCAUUGUAGGUCCAGGGGUCACUAUCAUGCUCGUCACUUGGGAUGAA